AUGUUCUUUGGAUAUCACAUUCCGUAUUCUAUUCCAUUUCAUCGUUUUGACUGUGAGAAGCAAAUUUUCUGUUUUGGAGGAGUACUCCAACAGCAAUCGCUGGCAGAGUACGAUUUGGAACACAGUGCAAUUGGACAAUCAGAUAUUCCCAUCUUGACCAUGGCAGCCUUGCCAUCAAACGCACCGCAAACAUCUUUGCUUUUCCGAAGAUUAUACAGGUCGUUGCUAAAAUCUGCCAAGCCUUUUUGUUUCCCUUCUCCGAACGCGAAAGUCUUUUCCUGCUUGCUACAUCGUGCUGGCUUCGAGGAUGAAAGUUGGGAAGACUUUCUUCGGUAUCGAACGCCGACGGAUGCGGAUGAAGCUAGCGAGCCGAUGAAUGAGGAAAACGAGGCGCAUCACGUUCUUUUUCGUCGUCUGCUCAGAGAAGUCAUUUCGGAAAACGGUGAGUUGGGCAUCCGACAAAUGCAGUUCCCGAGCCAUAUAGGAGACGCCAGUCACUUUACAAAUAUUAUUCGACGAGAGUUUAAAGAAUCAGCUGGCUGUGUCUCUUCGCACUUUGAUAUAAUCACGCGGAAAGAAACUUCCUUUCUAGCGCUUCGAGAGCUGAACAAGAAACUGGCGUGGGCGGAUAUACUGGAGCAAAAAGCCCCCACUCCCCAUCCCCGACAACCGGCAAGAAGCGUUAUUUGCAUUCUGGACCACACAGGGGAGAACGAAAACCGGGACGAGGUCCCGACAUCAAACUAUGGAACUUAUGGAUUGAUUGUCAAUCGUCUCGCUACAUCGUCAUCAUCUGGAAAGACUUUGUCUCUGGAGGAAGUUCUAAAACCACUUCCCGAUGACAUCAUGCAAGCCUUUAGUGGAUCUUCGG